AUGAUUAUGAUGAUAUAUAGCCACCCACAGCGGCCCCCUGUCAUCCACUAUGGGUGGACUGCUGAUAUCGAUCUUCUUCUCGAACUGGCCAAAGAGCUCGAUUGUGUCAAGAUGUAUACACGCUCGACGUUCGUAUGCGAUCCCGACGACGAAGACUUGGACGAGGAAGGAAAGAAUUAUGUAGAGAAGGAGGAGUACGACAACAGCACCCCGGCACAGGCGAUUCUCACUUCCAGAUUUAAGCCAGAAAGAGUUACGCGGGAGUCCGAAGUGCGAUACGCCGCUAGGCGUGCGGGAUGGGACCAAUAG